AAUUGUGAAGUAAGGUAUAAAGAGGGGGAGAGAGAAGCUAUAUCCGCGCGUGUAUGUAUGUGUUGUAGUUGUUGAUGUUCCAAUCUCAUCUACCGAAGAGAGUGAAGUUGCAACGACUGAUCCGAGUUGAGUUGAAUUUUGAUCUUCUUCUCUUUUCAGCAUUAUUUUCGGCGAUCCAAUCAUAGUUUCACCAUUAACAAACAAGAUCAAGAUCCAUGUUGUUCGCAUCUUCUUCCCUCCUCUUAUUAUCCCUAUUAUUCUCAUUUCUCUUUACCUCAUUUGCAUCCAUUCACAUCUACGACCGUGAACCUUUUCGAGAUGUCGGCAAUGCUUUUCUUCUCUCCGGCGGCAGCGAAGGCAUCGCCUCCUCCAUCUCCACCGCUUCCCAUACCGAUUCCAUCCAUGACGGCCACUCUUACAUUCGGUUUGAGAAUAUAACCAUUAGGAGAAGAAAAUCUGCAGCCAGGGCGCGUGGUACCGUGCCAAUGCACAUUAUAAUUUUUGAGGCUGCUGAUCGUGAUGAUAUAGGCGGUUCUGUUUAUGGCGGACAACGGGCAAUCUGUUGCACCUCUGAUUUAGCUAAGAUGGGAGCUUGUAAGCAAGGAGAGGUUAUCAGGAGACCUUCUGCAACUGACACUAAUUGGCCAGUCAUUAUAGAUCUAUAUUUCAAGGGGAAAUCCCGAAUUAUCAGUUUAGAUUCUAAGGAAGUUUCUAUCACAAAGACUGGAAUGUAUAAUUUGUUUUUUGUAGCUUGUGACCCCAAGCUCAAGGAUAUCGUGAUGAGCGGGAAGACAAUCUGGAAAAACCCUGAUGGGUUUUUACCCGGUAGGAUGGCCCCAUUAAAGAAGUUUUAUGUAUUUAUGGCGCUGGCUUAUGUUUGCCUUGGCAUUGUUUGGCUCCUUCAGUAUGUGAGGUUUUGGGAUGAUGUAUUGCUACUUCAGCACUGUAUCUCAGCGGUUAUUGUUCUUGGAUUGUUUGAGAUGAUUCUCUGGUAUUUUGAGUACGCCCAUUUCAACAAUACUGGAAUCAGACCUAUUAUUCUUACAACAUGGGUUGUCACUGUUGGGGCUAUAAGAAAAACAAUAGCACGGCUUCUCAUUCUCUCUGUUUCCAUGGGUUAUGGUGUUGUGCGACCCACUCUUGGCGGUCUUACAUCAAAGGUUCUUUUGCUUGGAGUAACUUACUUUCUUGCAUCAGAGUUGCUGAAUAUAACAGAAUAUGUGGGGACCAUUAAUGAUGUAUCUGGAAGGGCAAGGCUCAUUCUAGUUCUUCCUGAUGCUUUCUUGGAUGCAUUUUUGAUUUUAUGGAUUUUUACUUCUCUGUCAAAAACACUAGAACAGUUACAGGCAAAACGGAGCUCUGUUAAAUUGGAUAUAUACAGGAAAUUCUCAAAUGCACUAUUAGUGACGGUUACCUCUUCAGUUGUCUGGAUAGGUUAUGAGGUUUACUUCAAAGCAACAGAUCCAUUUAAUGAGCGCUGGCAGAGUGCUUGGAUCAUCACUGCAUUCUGGGACAUUCUAGCAUUUGCACUACUCUGUGUUAUAUGUUAUCUCUGGGCACCUUCCCAAAGUUCUCAAAGGUACGCAUACUCAGAGAAAGUGGGAGAAGAAUCUGAUGACGAAGAAGCCAUGUCUCUAACUAAGGGAAAGCAAGAAGGCCAAGGAGAAAUAAGUUUAGUCCGGCAAGAGAAAAAUGGCCAAACUGAUGCAUCUUCUGAUGAUGAAGAUGACGAGUCAGAAGAGGAUAAAAGGGAAUAAGCUUUUGACAGCUUUCUUUUACCACGUCUGUACUGUUUUCCCUGCUUGGUUUUCAAGUCUCAAGACUUCUGCCCCGACCCUCAAUAGGAGGUGUUGUAAAAUUUUGUUCCUUUGUACUGGAAAUUAACUAGUAACUACAUCAUAUUCUUUGUUCCAAAUUGUUUUAUAUCAUGUAUGUAAUUAGUGUAUAACAAUUGUUGCACAUGAUGAUCAAAAUUGUUGCGUUCUUUUUGCCCUUGCAUACUUGGAAAUCCCAUUGACUAUUGGAAUUAA